UUGUCGUGGAAGAAGUACUUCAGGAGAGACUUGAGAAACGACCAGUGUUGUGGAUGGGUCGAGGAAGUCCCUUGUAUGCAAAAUGAGUGGCAUAGAAUAAAGCAUAGGGACAACUACAGGACAAGCUGACAAAUAUGGACUUAUUUUGCCCAAGAAAACACCACAGAAAACACUUGUUACAAAGAAACCUUCAGUUUUUGCAGAUGACUCUGAGGAGGAGGCCUCUGUGGGUGAGAGUCUUCAAAAAGAAGCACUGAAAAAACAAGUGAUGAAGCAAACUAAAUUAGAGAUUCAAAAGGCCUUGGCAGAAGACUCUACAGUUUACGAAUAUGACAGUAUUUAUGAUGAAAUGCAGCAGCAGAAGAAAGAAAGUGAUGCCAAAGUGUUGUCAGGAAAAGAUGACAAAAAGCCAAGGUACAUUCACAGUAUCCUCAAGGCAGCUGAGAUAAGAAAGAAGGAAGAAGAAAAACGAAUGGAUAGAAAAAUUCAGAAAGAGCGUGAAAUGGAAGGAGGAGUGUUUGAUGACAAGGAGGCUUUCGUAACAUCGGCCUAUAAGAAAAAGCUGCAAGAGAGGGCCGAGGAAGAGGAAAGAGAGAAAAAAGAGGCAGCACUGGAAGCAUGUCUGGAUGUAACCAAACAGAAGGAUCUCAGUGGAUUCUACAGACAUCUUUUAAACCAGCAGGUUGGGGAAGAAGAGAUGCCCAAAUGCAGCCUUCGUGAAGCCAGGAUAAAGGAGGAAAAAUCUAGCAGUACUUCUGAUGAAGCCAGCCAAAGGAACAGAAUUCCAGAGGAUGGACUACAACUCAAAACCACUCCUAAGCGAAAGGACAAGGAUAAUCCAGAUGCGGACACUGAUUUAGAAAGUGAGAGCAGUGAUGAUGACAAAAAAUAUAAAAACACCAAAGGUCAUUCUAAAAAGAAGGAAAGUCGAGACAGUUCUGCAAGCAGCGGGGAUGAUCCCCAGCAGCACAGGAGCCGGAAGCACUCCACGUCAUCAAGAUCAUCCAGUGACGAAGGAGGUCAUCGUGCAAAAACCCAGUCAAAUCAUCCUCGGAGAGAAGAGAGUGGAGCAGGUAGAAGGGAAAGCGAUGAACGGUACAGGGAAAGCAAUUACGAGAGAAGAGGCAGGGCUCAGGAAAAGGAUCACCAAAGGAAAAAGGAAGACCAGGACAGAUAUGGGGAUCAUGGCAGUAAAGAUAGCUACAGAAGGAGGGAAGAGCAGGAGGACAAACGUAGGGGGAGAGAUAGAAAAGAGAGAGAAGGAUAUGACCGAGAAUGGAGAAGAGAGAAGGAGAGGGAAGACAAACAUGCAGAAAGGGAGCGAGAAAAAGAGAGGUUAAGAAAUGGCAAAGACGGAUACAGUGAGAGAGAAAGGGAGAGAGGGGGGAAAUGCAGAGAAAAGGAGGAAUCUGUAAAGGAGAAGAAAGAGCGAGAUGAUAAAGGUGAAAAGAAACGCAGGGACAGGAAGGAGGGCAGUCCUAGAGCCUUAGAAAGAGACAGCCAGCCUGAUCCUGAAAGAGAGCGGGAGAGGGACGAUGAGGGAGCCUCGAGCUCUGAAAAGCGCAGGGCUGAAGAGGGAGGGCUAAGCGAAGCGAAAGAGCAGCCGGAGAAGCUGUCAGACGGUGUGAACAAAUUCGCCAAGCGGAGCAGUGAAGAGACUGUGACGUCGGCAAGGGACCGCUAUUUGGCUCGGCAAAUGGCACGAGUUAGCACAAAAUCCUACGUAGAGAAAGAAGAGGAUUAGCUUGAUUUCAGUGGAUAAAAAAGAGAUGGUAGACUCUCGCUGGUGAGAAAAUCGCUACAUCAGGGACUCUGCCCCUAGAAGUAAAGUUUUCCCUGGCCGCUUACUCUUCCUGGGGGUUUUAUAACAUCCAUAAAGAAUU